CAGGAAACCGAACCGCAAAACCCACCCAUCUUUGUGCACCACCCACUCGCCCACGUCCGUCAUCGAUGUCGCUGGUGAUUUGGUGGUCAUUGACCGGAGUCUUCCUGAUUGUGCUGCAGUUGUUGGGUUCCCCUUUGUCCCCCAACAAGCCUGUGGACAUUACCUUUCCGCGGACUGCUGAAUCCACAAUUGAGCUUGUGGAUGCCUAUGGAGCUGAAGGUCAAAGGGAGUACAACUGGUACGAAGCAGUUGACCUCAUAUUCAUUGUGGUCUAUGGCACCACUUUGUACCUCUCAUUUCAGACGCUGGCCACCAACGCUUACGCCAGAUGCACCUUACAGGCGUUGGUGUUCAUCACAUGUGCAGCGGAUUAUUUUGAGGACGGAGAUGCACUUCUUCUGAACAACGUGAUGCCAUUCCUAUCUGAAGAUGUGGUCGCUGAAAUCUCGGUGGUUGCCACCGGCACGAAGUUUGCCGGUCUCUUCGUUUGCUUCACGGCCGUGAUCAUCCUGGCCAUCGCAAGCAGAUGCAACAAGAAUGGAUAUGACGCCUUGCGCAGCUAGCGAGACCACACCCAGAAGAGCCGAGAAGCGACGGCGGCGGCCUUGCGCAGCUGUGUGACGUUUCGGGGGUUCUCCAAGGGAACGACUGCAGCUGCAAAGAUGCAGCGACAAACAUGUGCGCACAAGUCAGGACGGUAGUUUUCGACGGCCCUUUUUCGAGAACGCUUUCGACUGCCGUUUUCGACUAGGCAGCCUAGUUUUGGAUGCGUUUUGGCCAAAACUUCCGCUUGUAAUUCGAAGGGCUACGAGGGGAUGAGGGAGCUUUUUUCCCUCUGACAUAUAGGUAGGCGGUAUUUAAGGCCAUCUCACUUCGCCCGUCCUUCACUGUGCGCCGCAUAUGGC